AUGUCCCUAGCGCAAUGCCGUUGUGCGGUGAGCACACGCUGGGGCCUGAAUCCUAAGUCCAUGAUGUGGCUUUACUGCCAAGUUGUACGACCAAUGCUCUCUUAUGCCUGCAUGGUGACAACUCCUACAAGAGCGUUAGAGGCACUUCUCAACCUUCCUCCCUUGCAUCUUCAUCUACAAGGCAACGCGGUCUACAGAUCCCAUCGCCUGAAGACACUGGGGCAAUGGGAAGGUGGAGAUUACUACACUUCACGCAAUAAACGGCACACAUACAUCUGUAACCGGAUAUCAAAGGAGAUCCAAACCCUUUCACUUCCGUGCGACAGAUGUAUCCCCUCACUGCACUUCGAUCACAGUUUACGACUCGUAAUUGAAGAUCGCAGCAGUUUUAAGCCACCGGACCCUCCUCACCAGUCUGACGGAAUAAUCUGUUACACAGAUGGAUCCAAGACGGUUGAUAGAACGGGAUCUGGUUACCUGAUCACGAGAUGCACCGAGACUAAACAAGUUUCAGUAAGCCUCGGAUCAUACGCUUCAGUUUUCCAAACGGAGAUCCUAGCAAUUAACAUGGUUGCCAAGGAAUUGCUGUAUGAUGGUACUGAUAGUAAAUCUGUCGACAUUUAUAGCGACAGCCAGGCUAGAAUCAACAGCCUACUCGUACGUGAUACAUGGUAUUAUGCCUUACAACAACUGGCAAGUGGAAAUCACGUACGACUACACUGGAUACCUGGUCAUUCAGAUGGAAAUCACGUACGACUACACUGGAUACCUGGUCAUUCAGACCAUUUGGGGAACGAGCUUGCUGACAAGUUAGCUCGUGAUGGUUCCAGUAAGAUAUUGUGA